AUGGCUCCCACUCACAAGAUCGCAAUCAUUCAGCUGCAUNNCCCAAGAUCUGCAGCUCAACAAGGUGCCGAGUUGGCAGUCCUACCUGAAUAUCAUCUGACAAACUGGCUUCCGCACGAUCCGAAGUUCAAAGAAUCGUGCGCGAGCUGGAAAGAAUACCUUGAGAAGUACCAAGCGCUGGCCAAAGAAUGCAACAUCUGCAUUGUACCUGGUACUAUUGUAGAAUUGCACACCGAUGCCGAGCAUGACAGUACUGGCAUCCUCACCGAAGACGAUACCAACAGUGAGCGUCUUCUCAAUGUUGCUUACUUCAUCUCCUCCUCUGGAGAGAUCCUUGGAAAAUACGUCAAGAAGAAUCUCUGGGGUGAUAUUGAACGCUUGCACCUUACGAGUUCAUCGCGUGACCCUCACCCAGUCUUCGACACUCCCUUCGGAAAAGUCGGUAUGCUGGUUUGCUGGGAUCUAGCCUUCCCUGAGGCUUUCCGUGAGAUGAUCGCUCAAGGAGCGAAGCUAUUCAUCAUCCCUACGUUCUGGACGCUUAACGACUGCUCUCCUGCUGGAUUGGCCAGGAAUCCUACCGCCGAAGCAACUUUCCUGGACUCUAUGCUUACCGCACGCUGCUUCGAGAACACUUGCGCUAUUGUGUUUGCAAACGCUGGAGGUCCGCCAGGCAAAGGCUAUGCUGGCUUGUCACAAGUGUGCGCACCUUAUGUGGGCCCCAUAGUUCGCUUGGGAAGUUGUGCAGAAGGCAUGGCUGUUGUCGAUUUGGAUAUGCAAAUUGUCGAGGACGCAGAGGAGAACUAUCAAGUCAGAGCCGAUCUGGCAAGAGGAGAUUGGCAUUACGAUUACCGUCACAACAAGGACAAUGACUCGAAGCUCUAA